UAAUCAAGGCAUCUUUUUGGAUUAAGUGUAUAUUUGGUUUUUAAAAUGACAAAUCCUUCAACACAGCAAAAAGAAUCAAAUUAUAGUUGUGAUCAUAAUAUAAAUCAAAUUUGUUUUGAAAGAUCUAAUUCUAAUACAAUGUCUAAUAAGGAAUUUACAUUAAGUGAUAUUCUAGAAAGAUGGACAGGCUCAGAAGAAACUUUGCGUAGUAUAAUGGUAGCCAAAGCAGAAGAAGAUAGAUUAAAACAAGAAAUAGUGCGUCUUAAUAUUAAAAAAAUAGAAAACGAAAUUUUUACUAAUGCACUUCGUAAUGGGGUUCAACCUAAUGCUAUUCCUAUAAUAUUUUCAGGUCAACAAAGUAACUCUACAUUAGCACUUUCACAAAAUAAUUCAUUAAUCUCGAUACCCUCUCAACAAUAUCAGUUACAGAAUUCAGGGUUAUCAGAAGCAUCUGUUCCAGGAUAUUGUCCUGGAACUCAAGGAUAUGAUUCUACAUUAAAUCAAUCUACAUUACAUCAUCUUCAAACAAAUAUAUCAAAUGUUUCUUUAGAUUCUUUUUCAACAACACAAUUAUCUCAGCAAAAAAAUUCAAAAUCACCAUUUAUGAUACCAAAAAAUACAGAAGAAUCAACAUCUAAUCAAAAUUCUACAUCAAAUUCAAAUUCAAAUUCAUCUUCUUUGCCAUCACUUUUUUUUCAUCAUUGGAUACCCCCAAGAGAAUCAACUAAUUCAAUACCAACUAUAAAUAAUGAAGGAUCUGAAUUAUCUAGCUCAUCUCAAUCAAAUAUUUUGAGCUUACAUAAAAAAGAGACAUCUUCAUUUUCUCCUUCUAAAAAAAAACGUCUUUCACAACAACAACAGCAACAACAACAACAACAUUUACCUCCAUCUUUUGGAAAUUCUGUCUUACCACCUCUUUCUAAACGUUCACCUCGACGUCAUUCACGUCAUCGUAGUGAAACAUCUAUUUUACAAUCAAAUUUUUUUGAUAUUCAAGCAAAUAAACGAGCAAUAUCUCCAAUCUCAAAUGAAAUAUACCUUACAAAUUCUAAAAAUACCAAUUGACAAUAUAUUCACUUCUCAAUUAUAAAAAAUACACAAACUAUCAAAU